CCCUAUAAAUAUCAGGUGCCUUUCCCAGCCUCUUCCUCAAACAGACUUCAUCCUCCGUUGGUCUUUCAGGCGUUUUGCAGGAGCACACAGUCCACAAACGACUGGCAGCCAUGAGGAUCCUCUACCUGCUCUUUGCUGUUCUCUUCCUCCUCUUCCAGGCUGCUCCAGGUUCCGCAGAUCCUAUUUUUGCUGACACCGCGGAGUGCAGGAGCCAGGGAAAUUUCUGCCGUGUUGGGGCAUGCCCACCCACCUUCGCUGCCUCGGGGUCGUGCCACGGGGGGCUGCUGAAAUGCUGUUCAAAGAUUUUGGCAGAGUAAGAAGACAAGGCUUUCCUGGGUCAGUGCCCUUGUACCAGCAACAUUUCCACUGCCUUGAGGAGGUGAUUUUGAUGGAUUCCUCCUCUGUCUAAACCCUCCUACAAAUGAGCAUUAAAAGAAGCUUCCAGAGGGCACGUCCUGUUAGCACACCGCUUCUGGAGAUCCAGGUUUUUCCUCACUGAAGCCACUCCCUUUUUUGCUUUUAAUACACAAGCCACUUUGGCACCUUGGCCACCUAUUCCAGCCUACCUCACAGGGAUGUUUGGAUGUUCAAUCAGUUCAGGUUCAUGCAGCUCUUGGAAGAUGUGAAGCAAUAUAUAUAUUAUUAUUUUAUUCACACACAAAAAUAAAUGUCUUCUUAAACCAGUAA